AAACAGCGCCUCCGCUGGCGCCGAGUUCUUGGUCGGCCGUCUGCGGGUGGCGCCGCCGCCCCCCCCUCCACGAAGGAAAGCCAUGGCCGAUUACUGGAAAUCUCAGCCCAAGAAAUUCUGUGAUUAUUGCAAGUGCUGGAUAGCAGACAACAAACCGAGCAUUGAUUUCCAUGAAAGAGGAAAGAACCAUAAGGAAAAUGUGGCGAAGAAAAUUAGUGAGAUUAAAAAGAAAAGCUUAGAAAAGGCAAAAGAAGAAGAAAACAUGGCAAAGGAGUUUGCAGCUAUGGAAGAAGCCGCCACAAAGGCUUACCAAGAAGAUUUGAAAAGGCUCGGACAUAAGGCAGAAUCUGUAGGACAGCCUUCAGUAUCGAAAAAACAAGAAGAAAAGAAGGAGAAAAAAGAAAAGAGGAAAAAAGGAAGACAAACCAAGGGAAUUUCAUCCAAUGGAACGAAGGAAUGGGUGCAAGGAUUUUCUCCAGAAGGCUACACCUAUUAUUACAACACGAUAUCUGGAGAAUCACAGUGGGAGAAACCAGACGGAUUUCGGGACACCUCUCAGAAUUCCCAGAAGGCAGCAGUGUGGGUAGCGGGAUCGAAUGAUGAUGGCCGCAUCUAUUAUUACAACAAGGAAACUGGAGUAUCAACGUGGGAGAAGCCAGAAGGUUUCGUAUCUCCUUCAAUAAAGAAUAAUCCAGGUGAGAACCAUUCUGAAGAGGUCCAAGGAGUGGGUGCAGAAGAAGCUGAAUCAGAUGCCAGAAAGGGAGGCAGCAAAAAUGAAUUACGAAAGCCAAAACGAGCCCUUCAGAGGAAGACGGAUAGUGAUGAAGAAGUAGAAGAAAAGCCUCACAAACCCAAAAAGAUUAGCCCUUACGGACAAUGGCAGGAGGUGAAACAAGAUAGGACUGACCAUGAGAAUAGUCCAUCUGUUCCACAAGAAACAUCACAGGCUUCAUCUCAAAAGGUCACACCUUAUGGCAAAUGGGAGGAGAUCACUGAAGAAGAUCCAUAUGAGAAUGUAGACUUGGAGCUUCCCAGUACAGAGAGUGACACUCUCCCAGCCCCUGUUUUAGAAGUACCAGAGGAUGCCAAAGUAAUCUUUAAAGAAAAAACCGUCACUUCUCUCGGCGACACAACCGAAGGAAUGCCGGUCUUCAAAAAGCGGAAAUUUGAAUCUCGAAACAUUCGACAGAGACUGAAUGAUCACUGAUGUCUUAAACUGCACUGUCUAGAAGCAUCUUCAGAAGAAGAGGCAGAAGGAUGUUGGGGGGGGCGGGGAAUGAACUAUUUUAAACAAUUUCUUUACAAGACAUGAUUGUAAAGACACAAUUUUUAGAGCUCAUCGUUUUUCAAAAACAUCUUGGGUAUAAAAUGUACAAAACAUUUUUUUCCAGGUGAUGUUCUUUCUGUUUGCUGGAUUUUUUUUUCUUUUUUCAUUUAUGAGGUCGUGUAAAUAUAAUAUUUUUAAAUACCAUGUCAAAGGUGUUCAUGAUAUCUUAAUCAGUAUGUUGUAGUGAAUCCUUUUCCAAGAAAAAUAAACACAGUCAUUACUU